AUGCAAUUUACAGGUACCCUGGGCGCUCUGCUGCUCUUGGGCCUCACCAUCGCCGCUGUUCAAUUAGCGAAGCUAUGGCGAAACUAUACGCAAGCGAAGCGAACAGGCCUUCCCGUCGUCAUCGCUCCGCUGCUGGAGACUCAGGUUCUGGCGCAGAUUGCGACUCCCGUCCUUCGCAUCAUGUACCUCAACUAUUUAGACCAGGGUAGAGGAUGGCCUCGAUGGUGCCGCUUCAUGAUAAAAGACUGGUCAUGGGAGGACAAGCGGCUCGCCCACGAGGAAUAUGGUGAUGUUUUCAUCGUGGUAUCUACCGAGGGCAUGAUAUGCUACAGUGCAGAUGCAAAGAUGGGCUGGGACGUGAUGAAUCGGCGAUAUGAUUUCACGAGGCCGCGAGACAAAUAUAGUGGGUUCAUCCAGUUCAAACUUCUGGAGCUCUACGGACCAAACGUGGCAACUGCCGAAGGAGCCGAGCACCGUUUUCAUCUACGUAUCACUGCGCCGCCCUUGUCAGAUGGCAGUGGCGUUAAUGAGCUUGUCUGGACGGAAACAAUGCGCCAAACCCGCAAUCUUCUCCGUAAAUGGGAGCAAGAGUCGCCCGGAGAUCUGCACGAGGACGUCAACGCCCUGACGCUCGCAGUCAUUUCUCUUGCUGGCUUUGGCAAGAAACUGGACUCCCUGACCGGCCAGUCCCAGUACAUUCCGUCUGGAUAUACCCUGAGCUUCCUGAAAGCCAUCACGGAUACCACGGCCUUCAUGGUCUCUAUUCUGGUAUUUCCGGCGUGGCUAUUGAGGGUCUCUCCUCUGGCAAAGGCACGGCUAGCGCAUACACAGCUGGACAAGUACCUUCGUGCCAUGAUCCGCGAGGAGCGGGAGGCGCUGAACAGCGGUGGGAGCGUUGAGUCUCGCGGCCCACAAGGAAACUUACUUCAGACACUGCUCAAGUCAUCGUAUGAAGUUGCGCAGGAGACAAAGCAAGGGGAGAAAGAAGCUUGCUUUGGGGCAAGUCGGAAACACGCGUUCACUGAAUCUGAAGUCUUGGGAAACUUGUUUAUCUAUCUUUUGGCCGGCUACGAAACCACAGCGAAUGCCAUUGCAUACGGCCUGAUCGUGCUCGCUCUGGAGCCAGAACUACAGACACGCGUCGCCGCUGAGGUUGACGCCGUAUGGUCGCGUGCAGCUGCCGAUGGACGCAAUGAACUCACUUAUCUAUCCGACUUCCCUCAGCUGCAAUACAUGUAUGGGUUCAUGUAUGAGACCUUCCGACUCUACCCAGGCGUUACACUCAUUACGAAAAUGUGCCACGCAGCCCAGCCCAUUUGUGUCGGAAACACCUCGCACAUCCUCCCGCCUGGCUGCCGCGUCUAUCUGUCCGCUCCCGGAGUCCACUACAAUGAAAAUUACUGGGAAAGUCCGAGGGAACUGAGGCCAGAGCGAUGGUCUGAGUCAUAUUCCUUCAGCGAAAAAAAUGGCGAGAGUGCCACAGCAGUGCCCAUUUCUGCCCCCCAGGCUAAAAAUGCCGCUCUCACCGCCGAUAAAACGCGGCAAAUGCGCGGCACCUUGCUAACGUUCAGUGACGGGGUACGCGCUUGUUUGGGCCGCAAGUUCGCGCAAGCAGAGUACAUGGCUUUCUUCUCGGUACUACUGCACAAAUAUGAAGUGACAUUUGCCCAAGGCGUAGAUAAGAAUCAAGCAAGGAGGGAUUUGGAUUUGAAGUGCGCCGGCAAAGUUACGCUUGCCCCGUUGGAAGGGCAGCGGUUAGCGUUGAAGAGACGGGAAGGACGCAUGGCGUCUGAAGAUGAUUACCCUGCGGGUAUGAAGCUGGUGCUGCCAGUUCUGGCACUCGUAGUCAGCAUAUUCCUGGUGGCAUUGGACAUGAGUAUAGUUGCUACGGCCAUUCCACGUAUCACUCAAGAGUUCAACAGUCUGGACGAUAUUGGAUGGUAUGGUUCCGCCUUUUUCCUAACUAUCUCUAGUUUUGCGCAACUAUGGGGCAAGGCGUAUACCUACUUUCCCCUCAAGUGGGUUAUCAUAACGGCGAUCUUUAUCUUUGAAAUUGGCAGCUUGAUUUGCGGCGUUGCUCAGGAUAGUCGGACACUCGUUGUCGGGAGAGCCAUCUGCGGUGCUGGCGGUGCUGGUGUCACCAAUGGCUGUUACAUCAUCAUUGCCUUCAUCGCUAGACCUGAGAAGCGACCUGCUUAUACGGGUGUGCUCGGUGCGACGUAUGGAUUGGCUAGUGUUGCUGGCCCGCUCGUAGGCGGCGCUUUCACAACAAAUGUAUCUUGGCGGUGGUGCUUCUAUAUCAACCUUCCAGUCGGCGGACUCUCUUUGCUCCUUCUCUUUUUGUUCUUCAAAACGCCGGCUGUCGCAACACCAAAGCCCGCGACUCUCGGGGAGAAGUUGUUGCUGAUGGAUCCACUGGGUGUCCUCCUCGUCACAUGUUCUCUGAUUUGCCUCCUUCUAGCACUACAAUGGGGCGGUAUCACCAGAGCCUGGGGUUCGGCUGCAGUCAUCGGCUGCCUUGUAGGCUUUGUCGUCAUUUUUAUCGUCUUCGCUGGAACACAAUGGUGGCAGGGCGAGAGGGCAAUUCUCGCGGGGUCAUAUUUCACCUUUGUGUACUAUCUUCCCAUCUAUUUCCAAUCUAUUGGCGCCUUGUCUGCCGCCGCAAGCGCAGUCCGCAAUCUUCCGCUCAUUGUCGGCUCGUCUGUAUUCGGCAUUGUCGCAGGUGCUCUUCUCACGGUUUUUGGCUACUUCCAUAUCUUCUUGUGGAUCGGCUCCGCUCUCUGCAUAGUCGCCGGUGGCAUUCUCUAUACCUUUGCCUUGAACCUCGACGUAGCCAAGUACGUUUGCGCCCAGCUUGUUUUUGGUAUUGGCUCGGGUCUGUGCUUGCAGGUGCCAGUCAUGGCGGGGCAGGCGUUUGCGAAGCCGGAAGACACGGCGUCCAUCACGGCGAUUUUGCUCUUUUUUCAAACCCUCGGAGGCACAAUCUUCUUAUCUGUCGCUCAGUCCGUCUUUACUAACCGCCUCAUCGCUAAACUACUCUCCUUCUCCUCGACUUACAAUGCCAGUGAGGUUAUAUCUGAAGGAGCUGAUGAUUUACGCUCGCACUUUUCAGGCACCCAGCUCAGAGACAUCCAAGAUGCGUACAUGUCGGGUCUAAGAGCAACAUGGGUCUUGGGCAUUGCGUGUGCUGGUGCGGCGUUUUUGAGUAGCUUUGGAUCGAAGAUGCGCAAUAUAAGGCAACCGACAACGCCAGCUAUCGUUGAAGGUGGAAAGGGCGCUGAAGAGGAGAACCAGACGACAGAAAGUACAGAUGAAAAGCGUCAGAAACACGGGGACUGCGCGGUUUCUGCUUGA